AUCGAGUCGGUGUUGUAUUGCGCAGGACACCGGCGUCCCGGCGUCCCGGCGUCGCGACGUCCACCCCUUCGGCGUCAGUGGUAGUGAUGGUGGUGGCAGGUCGUUGCAUGCGCCUUACUCGGUCACACACUGACACUCACAUCGUCUAGUCGCGUUACUCAAGCAUACAGCAGUAGCGCACACACGUGAGACCUUCUGGCGGGUUGUCGUUGAAUCUUCGACCAGCAAAGAAGAGGAAGAAGAGAAAGAAUCAGCUAUCUUUGUCACAUUCUCCGGACAUUUUUCUUUCUUUCUCUCUCCCUGUCAUUCUGUUUGUACCCGUUGGCGUGAUUCAAAGGGACGAAAAAAAAAAAGAAGAAAGAAGAAAGCGAAAAAAGGCGAAUGUGUAAGAGGAAGAAGAAAGAAAGGGUUGAUCGGUGAGAAGGAGGGUGAGUGAGAAGAAGGGUAGAAGGGAGGGAAGAAAACGUAACGGAGGGAGAAAAGGUAGCACAAACGGCAAGUGGGGAUAGGAUUUUCGUUCGGAGCAGUGUCAGUCGGCUCUCGCGGCGUCAGUCAGAAAGAAUGCGCAUGAUCGAUUGCACGCGUUCUGAUCGGUCGGAGAUGUGAUACCGGAAGUAGAUACGGCGGUCUUAACCUGCGUCGCGUGCAGGUGCGGCCGCGGGUGCGUAUAACGAAAGGCGCGUAGGAAGCAGGUGCGAGGGUGUAAGUACCACAGGGUUUGAGAGAAAGAAAAAAAAGAGAGAAAGAACGAGCGAGUGUGUGUGAGAGAGAAAGAACGAGUGUGUGUGCGGGUGUGUGUGCGUGUGCGUGUGUGUGUGUGUGAGCGUGUUCGUGUGUGUGCAUAUAUAUACAUAUAUAUAUAUGAGAGAAAGAAAGAGAGAAAGAGAGAGAGUAAAGAGUACUGCGUGAAGUAUCACCGUUGAAGGGUAGAGAGAAAAAGAGGGUGGCAAAGGAGGGGGAAAGAGAUGACAAUACGUUCGAGCGUUGGUAAACCGUCGUCGCCAAGUGAAACGGCGACGAUGUCGAUCUUCUCUCCGUCUUACGUCAGGAUGUGGAAUUUAAAUAUGCAUUUGAUCUGCGCCAUCGCCUUCUGCUUCUUAAUUGCCCUCGACCGGCCGGUCUUUGGCCAACCGGAUCCACCUGAAUCGACCACCAUCGAAGAUCGAGGUAACAAGAAAUUUGGCGACAGUUGUGAAGCUGACCGCGACUGUGGCUUCGAUGGAUCUUAUUGUGAAACGAAGAAGAAUAUAUGUACCUGUAAAGAAGAAUUUAAAGUCACGAAUCAUAUUGACAAAUGUGGACACCCGGCGAACGUUAACGAAAGCUGCUUCUUUCACGAACAAUGCGAGGCACGAGUCAGCCAAACAGAGUGCAGGGACAGUCGAUGCAUUUGCAUCUUCGAGAAGAUUCCGGUGACACAGCCCAACGGUGUCAUAGUUUGCAUUGCCGAGAACAAAGAACCACCCAGUUUGCAAUAUGUGGACCCAGCGAUGAUCGGAGUUCUCGUUGGCAUGGCAUUGAUGUUCAUCAUUAUAUGCGUCGUCCUUAGACUUUUCAGCAAAGCACGUUGGCGAGAGAAUCGAACGAUUUUCAACACUCCUAAUGCACGAUUGAUGAACGUAUCCUUGUUAAGGGACAACAAACUUCUACAUACCCAGGAACGUCGUGGUUCUAGGGCAAGUGUACGCGUACCAUCGAGGCAACCCUCGAUGGUCUCCUUGCGUGCACAUUCGCCAAACGCCUCGCAAGGUGCGAAACACUCUCAGCACUCUCAGCACAGAGUGAGCCGGUCACGUACAGGAUCACGACGUGGUAGCCGUGGUAGCAGUGGCAACUCAUCGGCCGUAUCAACCAAAUCAAACAACAAAUCUCCACCAAAUAAUCCUCAAAACAACGUGACGGAUCCGGUCUUGGAAAACGUCACCGUUGAGAUUCUCGAACCCAAAACGUAGAUCAAAUCGAUCGUCCUAAUCCGCUUCUCUCGCUUGAUCUACCGGAUUACAUAGAUCUUCAUCGCGAUAACUUUUUUUUUUUUUCAUAGCGACUAUAUAGUAAGAUCAUUUUCUUACCUUUUUCUAUCGCGAAGAAAACUUUAAUCCGAUUGUUCUAACGACUCGUCCAGGAGGCCACACUAAACUAAUCAUGGCAAUCAUUUCUUCUUCGAACUGGAAAAGAAAAAAGAAAAAGAAACAAAAAAAAAGAGAGAAAGAGAGAGCGAGUGAGGGUUAAUAAAAUUAUCAAGAUUUCUGUCGCUCACGCGUUUCUUCAAAGUUUCGAAAAAGCGAUGAAAUUUCGCACUUAUCUGCUCGAUGGAAGAUUAUAUAGAGAUUAUCCGAAGAAUUCGAUCGAGCGUCCCUUAUUUCGCAUUUUAUACUUUUUAAUGAAAAUGAUUAUAUAAAUAUCAAGCUAUAUUUACGUACGAAUUUGUGCGUAAAUGAAUUAAAAUAUCGAGAAAAAAAAAGAUAGGAGAAAUAAUCGCGUAUCAUUUUCACGUAAGAACAAAAAUGAUUUAUUAAAAUUUAUUAAAAAAAAAAAAUAAAAAAAGGAAAAAAAAACUGUUGAACGAUUCGUCGGACGAUCUCUGUGUUCCAUCGUACUUCAUUCGAUAUUCGUACAUGGUAAUUUUUGCGUCUAUACCAAAGCAAAGUUUUACUUGUGAAAUCUCCAUCCAAUGUGUGCGUUAAUGAUUAAAGGAUGAUUAAUGACGAUCAGGCGUGAUUGUGUGAGAGAUAAUAUCGAAUAAAAAAUAUGAGGAAUGAUUUAGAUCCUAUCUUCGUGAAUAGAGCAAAAAAAUACAGAAAAAAAAACAAAGAAAGAUCGAAUGAAAUAUAUUUUACAUCGAAUUCAAUAUCACAACUCGACUGGUGUCGCGAAGCCAAUACGAAAGGGACCAGACGAAAGUGUUUGAUUCAAGAUUCUGGAAAUAUAAAUAUCGAAAUAAUUCAAAGCAUUAUCACAUCGUAAGCACUGCAAUUAGCACAACGUACGAUUUCCGAUACUGUUAAUCUUGUCCACGACUUAAUCGUAUUGAAAUAUACGAAUAUUCGAAUGACGUUAAGAGAAGAAUAAAAAGAGGUCUAACUAUAGAAGAACAAAUAAAACUAUUCUUGUAGUGUAUCGCCCGAACUAUAAGUACAGUAGAAUCUUCACUUUGAAAAAUUUUCAAUAAAAUCAAUUUACAAUUGGAUCAUGACUUUCUAUCAUAUACUAGUCUCGAAUAUUCGUUUCAUUCUGAUACCGAAAACCCUAAUUCAAUCGUACGAUCAGUAGAACGUAAUAAAUUAUAUAUAUGAAUCGAUUUAGAUUAAAAAAAAAUAUUAUAUAUACGCGUAGGCUUCUAUAUUUCGAGGUGAAGAUUUUCGAGGAUAUUUUCCAAAUAGAAAUCAUCUUGAUAAUAUUAUUAUAGAAAUGAAAACGCAGCCGACCGUAUACCAGCCAACAAUUUGAUAAGUUUCAUGUAAAAAGAGAAAGGAAAAAAAUAGAAAAAUUAUCCAUAGGACGAGAAAUAUACAUAUAUUUACGUAGAUAUGUAUCGAGAUUCUCGUUAUUAAAUAGUCGAAAAUGAAACAUCAUCUAGUGAGAUUUAAAAAAAAAGGUCGCGAAUAAUUCAAACGAUUGCCUCGAAACACGCCUAGAUAGAACGACCAAUGGUAUAUCACAACUUUAUAUAUAUACAUAUAUAUAUAUAUAUAUAUCUUAUCUAUCCCUUUAAUUCGCACAAGGAAGUCUUUAAGAAUAAAGGAUGCUUGCAAGAAUCAUAUUAAGACAUGAAAAUUAUAUUUCGAAUUUCUUAAUGACUUAUAAGAAUAUCGUUAAAUAAAUAAAAGAAAGAAAAAAAAGGACUCCAGUACGAUUGUAUCUGAGCAAUUUAGUGCCUGCGUCUCGCGUAUAUAUUAAUGCAUUAUUAUAAAUGAAACGAAAAAAUAAAUUCAUAUAUAUACAUAUAUACGUUAUAUGUAUACAUACAAAUAUAUAUAUAUAUAUAUCAAUAUACAGUGUAUAUUCAUAACACAUACACACACAUACACACACAAAUAUAGACGCGAACCAACGUAAAAGAAAAAAAAGAACAAACGAUAUAUGAAUCGUGUAAGUGCGCGUUUAAUUGUGUGUGCAAUUUUAACAAAGCUUAAGAAAUUAGUACUAUUCGUAGACUGUUUUUCUGAAAAAUGCUCAUGAUUCAUGUGCAACAUAUAUUGUCACAUUGUUCUUCGUUCUCUCUUGUUACUAUUAUUAUUAUCAUUAUUAUUCUUGUCAUCAUUAUUAUGACACGAUUAUUGCCAAUCGCAUGGAGUGAUAACUCGCUUAGAUUUUCUAGUCCCGCACCUGUGAAGUCUCUAAUAAUAUUCUAGUAUCUACUUUCGCAUAACUUUGACUAGAUUUUAAGACUCUUCUGCGCAAAGCGCUCGUAAAUUAUUUACAUAUAGAGAAAAAGAUUAUAAAGAAGAAAACGAAAGAAAAUAAAACUCAAAGGGAGGGGAACAGUGAGUGUGUGUAUAUGUGUGUAUGAAAGAGAGAAAGAAAGAGAUUAGAACGAACGGAAAAAAGAAUGAAUCACAAAAAGAAAAAAAGGGAGAGAAAGAAAGAGUGUGUGUGUCGCAUAUGCGCAAAUCUACGCUUCGUCUGACAUUCUUAAAAUUAAGCUAAAUAAAUCGCUAAAAAAAGAAUCGGUUGAAUCCCGAAACGAAAUUGGGGGAAGGUUUCGAUUUCAGGAUUUGAUCGGAUUAUUUCGCGAUAUUAAUAGUCCAUCGUGUAAAACACAUAUACAUAUAUAUAAUAUAAUACAUUUUACGCAGAUAUGUUACGCUAUAUAUAUAUAUAUAUAUAUAUAUAUAUAUAUAUAUAUAUGAACACCUAUAAAUAAACGCAUAAAACGUUGAAUAUACUUUUGCUAUGCGACGUGUCUCGAAGGAUUCAUCGAUUCGAAUAAGGUCAAUGAUAUCCUUUGGUUCUUCUCAAGCCGUAGAAAGAUUUAACGAAUAAAAAGUACGAAGCUUAGGGAGCGUUUGAAAUAGCUAUUUAUUAGAGCGUAACCGAUCGAUCGCAAAGAAUAAAAUGAACCAAAAGAAAGAAAAAAAGAAAAAAAAGAAAAAAAAAUAGAUACAGAAGAAGAAGAGGAAGAAAAAAAAGAAGAAGAAAAUGUCGAAGAAGUGUACUUAAGUAUCCAUUUAUCCGCGUACACUGUCUUUGAAUAAUUCGUCAUAUAUUGUAAGAUUAAUAAGUGCGUCGCGUUUAUUCAAAAUACGAUUUACGCGUAAUUUCUUUCAGCCUUUAAAGAGAGGAAGAUGGUAUAAGAAAAAUAUAGGACGCGUGUGCAGGAGUGCCUCCUCUAUUUCUUACUCAAAGACACUCGCUCACUUUUGUAAAAAAAAUUCUAUUUUAAGCGAUCUUUCAAAAAUUCAUCGCGUAUUCUACAAUCGCUUCUCUGCAAGUGCCAUUUCGUUGAACUAUGAACACCCGAAAGACGAUAAAAUUAUUCGCUGGUGUAAAACAUUCGAUAAUCGUAUAAGUAUACUUCGCUCGGCUCGUUUCUACGCUUCAAUGUAAAAUCUUACGUCUUAUGAUCUUCGACGCCGGUCAUCGUCAAUGCGUCUAAUAAUACUGUAGAGAUCUAUUUGUGUGUAAUGUGAAUCGACGGAUAAGGAUCAAUCGAUGAUUAUCUCAAUAUCCAAUCCGAAAUAUCCAAUCUCUCGUCUCCCUCGUCAUCUUGAAUACUUUGAAAUUUGAUGCUAGCCAUUCUGUCUUCUUCCUUCCAGAUUUGGAAUUUUUUAGAAAAUUAAAUCGAUUACAUCGAUCGUGAAACAUCGCAAAUAUCGACGAAAUAUAAAAGUUUUACUUGUGCGAAACCUUAAAAACAUCUUCUAAUAAUUAUUUCGUCGUCUUUUACAAAGUUCCACGACGAGAGAUUCCGCGAUAUAUCCACGUGCGGUUUAUAUAAACAUAAUCAAUUUUCAAUAAUCGUACGUAUCUCGAUAAAGUCGUAAAUAUUCCAUAAAGUUUUGGUCUUUCUCGAUCGAAGAGCGCCGGUGGUGCAAAUAUGGGGAAGUGUUUGGACCACUUUGACGCCAUCUUCGAUAAGAUCGAUCGACUUAUUCCCCGGAUAAUUCAAAAAUAUCGAAAUCAUUUCGAGUACCGUUUACAAUCGAUUGUACCUGUGACAAAUCAUUUCUUUUUAUAUUACGAGAGAUAAUAAUAUAUCGACCUUUACUUUGUCAUAAUGAAAGAUUUGUAAGAAAGUUUAAGGGGAAAUCGCUGUACGAUUUAACAUCCUUCUCGAUGACAACGAUUAUGCGACGUGUCACCGUAAAAUCAAAAUUAGGAUGAUACGCUUGAAAGCGAAACAGCAACAGACGAUAGAUUAAUACGAUAGCUUAAUAAUCGAUAAUCUAUAUGCAAUUAUACAGUAUUUAAGAAACGUUUUCCGUUUCUUCAGUAGGAUCCGACAGUCGUAUUUUAAGAUAGCACGAGAAUCGAAUGAAGACGAUAUAAAUGUCUAGCAAAUCGGUAUCUUUCACCGAGGACAUUUUUUCACGAUCCUAAUCUAUUUUUCUCCUUAAUUCGUCACAUAAUGCACUUAUCACAAAAAUAUAUUCCUAAUAUCGUAAUGAUCAAUUUCUCACUUUAUUGUAUCGUGUAUGAGAUAAGUGAAAGAUAUACUCGUUUUGUCUUACAUUCAAUAAUACAAAGAUAUGUAUAUGAAAUGAUUGCUUACUUUCAGAAAUGGCUAUACAAAAAUGUAUAACAUUUUUGUGAGCAAUAAUAUAUUAUUCUCUCUAUAAUCACUUUUGCUUACUUUCUUCUUCAUCGUUUCGAAGAUCGAUAAGUCACGUUCAUAUAUUUUAUCACCGAUAUAUUCGUAUAUAUAGAUAUACGCCGACGCAACCCAUAAUGUAUAAUUGUGAUCUGACAUAAACUUAUAUACAUGUGGCAGGGUUGAUGAAAAAAAUACUAUAAUGCAUUUCAAUAACGUUCACACAUACGUAAAAUACAUUGAUCGAACGUAGGCCGCUUUUACUCGUAUGAUAAUUUAUGAUUAAGUAAGUUACUAUUAAGAUCUAUUACGCGUUACAUCUAAGCCUCUAAGAAAGUAAGGACGGUUUCUUAAAUGAUCAGUGAAAGUAAAAAAGAAAAAAAUAAGAUCGAAAUCAUAUUGUAAAAGCAUAGACAGUUGUUAAACUAAGGAACGUUUAACGUUUUAGAGAAAUAGAGUUUAGAAACUCAAUGUGGAUAGGUGCGGGUAAAAUUUAUGCGAAUCCCCCUUCUUUUCCAAAACUUUAAAUAUUUUAUAAAAUAUCACAUGUAACGAAAGUAAAUAUCGUUACGAUAUGAUCUGUAAACAUACUAUAUAUAUACAUAUUAUAUAUAUACUAUGUACUUUAAUAGCGGCUUAGCGUACCUUGUAAUCUUUAUAUUACAUAUUUCAUUUAAUAUAGCUUAUAACAAAUAAUAUAUAACGUAUACCAAAUGUAUUUGAAACUUAAUUAUAUUCUGAAUUCAUUUUAAUAAAAUCUUAAUACACUGUA